AUGCUGCGCCGACGUAUCACGGUUGGUUUUGUACCGCAGACUACUUUUACAAGUGGUGUCGUGGCAGCCACGUGGAGUCAUGCAACUUACAGCACAGAUGCCAUUGGUACAUUCAAACCGCUGGCCACAUCCUUCAGACGUAUCGGAGCUUCUUGUCGAUAUGCCGCGGGAUCUCACACGGGGCUGUACGUUGGCAGCCGAGCACAGUCCACCUCGACGCCGUCGCUGUGUACAUUAACCACCCGCCCACUUCCCGCCUCUCCGCACCAGUGCUCCAUUGAAAAAGUUUUGCUCCCCAGCGUCCAGGCAAGUGGGAGUGGCAUUCGCACGGACACACUGCGGGGCAUGGUGCAGCUGCUGUUAGACCCUGACGCAACAGACGUGGAGGAUGUCUUCAUGCUGGACUUUGUCGUUAUGGUCCCGAAGCGACAGAUGGCGGCAUUGCACGGCCGAAAGGAGUGGCUGGAUGUGGUGCUGAGUUCGGAACGGUAUCAGGCAUGCAAAGACGCACGGGCGUUGCGACUGGCGGGGAUUACAACUGUCGGCCGCUGGGAUGAAAACCGCGAGCGUGUGCCCAUAUCCGCCUACUCCCGUGGUAUUCUUGAAGAGGCAUACGCGGCAAUGGCACGACAACCCGUGGAGUCACAAAAAAAUCAGGUCAUCACGUGGCUAACGAAGACGAUACAAAAGGCCGUCAUUGAGGAGUUUGCAGCGAAUAAAAGCAACCGGCAAUUUCUUGCCCCACUCAUUACGGGUAUGCAGGCACUGCCAGAGACUGCGGAUGCCGCAUCCAACGCCGCCAACGCCGCGGCGAUGAAGGAGGGAGACGAGACGCAUCCACAAGGCGAGGCGGACGUUCCGAAGAAGAAGCGCGCUGAGGAUGCAGUCGCUGAGGACGGGAAUGGCGGUAACAACACCGCCAAGCCGAGCAAACCUGCGAGAGUUCGCGGAAGAAAACACGCCAAACACCCUGAGCCUGUGGAGGAGGUAACAGAACACGCAGGAGGCGGCGCUGCAAAAUCCGCGGCGUCGGCCACAUCCACAACCGAAGAUGUCAAGAAGAAUGACAAGCCCCACUCCGUUUCCCCCGCCGCUGCCACUGAUGAUGACGAGGACGCUGAGAUUGCAAGGCUGCUGCAAGAAACGGAACAGGAGUUUGCCCCGGCACCGUACAUACGCGGCAGUAUUCACAGCAAAGGCGCAUCAGAAGGUUCCGCGGCAGCAUCAACAUCACCGCCACAAAUAUCGACAGCAGCAACAACUUCGGGGACGACGGCCAGGGCAGAAGCCGAGGAUGCGAAGCCCUCCAAGUUGAAGAAAAAGAGGUCUGCAGACGCUGCGAACAAGUUGGCCGAGCCUGAACACCACAACCAGCAGCAGGAAGCAAACGCGACCGCUGUGACGGACGCCGGAAAGACAUUGCCUGAUUCAAAGCAAAACAAAUCUCUAGCACGUCUUGCAGAGCUGAUGCUAAUUCAGUUCAAUAGCGCCGAUGGAUACCUUCAUCUUCCCGACAUUAAAGACGAUGAAAAAAAGGGAUUUGUCAUUGCUCUAGAUGGUGAUAGUGCGCAAGUGGACCCAUUUGCGCUGUACAGUACAUUUGGUGCGGCCAAACUGGCAGGCGGCGAAUCCCCAGCGAUCACGGCGUUGUAUCAGGUGUGGUCUGCAUAUAGCGCCUACACGGAAGCGCAUGAAGCCGCUGAGGAUGAUGCCACAGCGAAGUUUUUCAAGGAAAAGGGUGUGGAAGCAUUAGUGCAUGGCGCCGUCUUGCUUCGCGCCAUCUCGCGUGAGCAAGCAGUCACACUGGAGCCGCAAGAUAUUCCAGCGUACGGUUUUCCUUUGCUUUCCUCCGACCGUCGGCCGCAUCGCACGCGGCGCAGUAAAGUUGCAACGGACAUGACAGCAGAAAAAGUUGCCGAUGCCGUCAAGGCUUACACGGCGUUCUUCUCUACCAAAGGCAAGAAGUUCACUCCGAUUCGCCCAACAAUCGAUUACAACUCCGGGUGUAGUGUGGCGGCGUUGAUGGGCACAACUCUGCACCUAUAUGAAACUUCCCUGAAAGAGACGGUACGAGAGGAAGACAUUCGCUGCCGCUUUGGCGAGGCGAUGCUCGGUGUCUUGCAUGUGGUGGAAAAGAAGGUUAUGACGCGCAUUAAUGUCGUGCACUAUCACAUUCUUGCCACAUCUAUCAGUGGGGGGAGUGGUGGAUCAAACGGCAUGGAGAGCAUGACAACCUCCAUUGUUAGCAUUGACAUUACUGGUUCCUUUACAACAGCAGAGAAGACGCGUCUACAACAACUUGCGGAGCCACUCGGUAUGGCAGGCGCCAUCGCCGACUGCACGUGUGUCUCGGAUAUCGUAGACAGCAUUGAGGCUCUCGGUGUCUCGGUGGUGCACGACAUAUUGACCAACCGCGACGAUCUGGAAGCGCUUCUCACACCCACACUUGUGCAGCUAUUGCCAGAAGCGGAGGAGGAGGAAGAGGAGGAGGAGGAGGAAGCUGAGAAACGGCCUUCCACAAGACGCACGCCUGCAGCGGCCUCCACCCCCGCAAAGGACGCCUCCUCUAAAUCCGGCAGCCACAGCAGCCAUGCAGCCGCAGGUGUAAAGGCGGCAGCUACCGCAGCGGAGGACGACGAUGAUGACGAGGAAGAGGAGGAAGAAGAGGCUGAUGGUGUUGAUGCCGUGGGCGAGGAAGCGGCGGAAGAAGAAGAAAAUGAGGAGGAGGAGGAGGAGGAAGAAGAAGUCAAGCCUGCGAGGGGUGGAAAACAGAAGAGCGCUGCUGCAAAGCACAAGACCGACACCGUUAAUGAGGAUGAAGAAAAUGAAGAGGUGGAGGAAGAGGAAGAGGAGGAGGAGGAAGAUGAAGAACAAAAGGCGGGUAAUGGAGAAGAGGAAGAUGAUGAGGAACAAGAAGAAGAAGAAGAGGCACCACGUGAGCCUCCCACAAUCAGUGGCAACAGCAGGCGACACUCCUCGCCGGCUCCUGUGAAGGGACGCUCAGCCCGGGGCCGUGCGCAUCCUGCGGAGGACGCGAAGAAAAUGAGGGAGAAGGACGAGGAAUAUGAUGGCGAGGGUGACGGCGAUGAGCCACCGCGGCAACAUGUGCAGCACGUGCAGCAGCGGGCCCCUCCGUUGAGGAGGACGAGUCAUGCUGGCAAACGUGCACCGCCACCUCCACCUCCUCCAGCGGCCUCCGGAGACGACAAUGACGAUGACGAUGAUGCUUCGGACGCCGACGACAACAAGGAAGAAGAGGUACACGCACAACCACAAUCACAGCAGCACACGGCAGUAUCGAAGAAAGGACAUGCGACGAAGAAAUCACCACCGCCGGCACCAUCUGCAGCCACCACAGAUAAUAAUGAAGACGAGGAAGAAGAAGAAGCCGUCCGGCGACCGACGAAGAAAGGAGUAAGUUCAAAGCGUGCACCACCGCCGCCGGUCUCGGCACAAAACGAUGAUUCCAAGGAGGAGGAGGAGGAGGAAGAAGUUGUUGUGGCACCGCGUGUACGUAAUCGUGGCCGACGUAUGGGCCGUGCCCUUCCCCAAUCUUCCAGCGAUUCCAAUGACGAAGACCGUUGGUUUCAAAGAGCAAGGCGUUGA